CGUGGCCGGGGCUGAGGGAGCGCGAGCGGGCGAGUCGGGCUGAGGCGGCCCAGCGGGCGGGCGGGCAUCGCGCAGCGGCGGAGGCCCCGCGGGGCCCACGGUAGACUCUCUAAGGAUGAAUGGUUCCAAUGUGGCCAACACAACCCCCCCGGCGGCCCCCCCGGCGAAAUCCAAGGAGGACCAAGUCGUGAACGGCCACGAUGAGAAGGAGAGCAACCCCUUCGCGGAAUACAUGUGGAUGGAGAACGAGGAGGACUUCAACCGGCAGGUGGAGGAGGAGCUUCAGGAGCAGGACUUCCUGGACCGUUGCUUCCAGGAGAUGCUGGACGAAGAAGACCAGGACUGGUUCAUUCCAUCCCGCGACCUGCCUCAAGGCAUCGGGCAGCUCCAGCAGCAGCUGAACGGACUCUCGGUCAGCGAGAACACCCACAGCCACAUCGCGGAGGACAUUUUGAGCAAAAGCACCUUAAAUCCGGACGCCAAGGAGUUUGUUCCUGGAGUGAAGUACUGAGUCCUCCGGCCCCCUUCCUAAAGACUUUUUUUCUGCGUGGGUGGGUGUGGGAAUGGGGUGGGGGGAGCGGGGCCCAUCAGCACUGGUGGGAAAAAGACUCUUUGCCGGCCAACCGGAGGCCUCCUAAGCUACUUUCAUCCCUCUUGUCGUCUUGCUGCGUUGGGACAUUUGGCAACCAAGUGGGGAGAGAAGCCGCGCUCGCCGUGGGAAGGCGCCAAAGGGCACCUCCGGACGGGGGUCCCCGCCCCCCUCUGCUUUCUGUUAAAACAGUCUCCAGCCUAGCCUGACCACCAGCAGCGUUUUCUGCGCGUCCCCGUGCCCCCUCCCCUUGGUUUUAGCGGCUCCCCCAGGCGGGAUUUGGGACCUCGGUCGCGGGGUAGGCGAAGGUGCCCCCCCCCUCCUCGGUGGACGUUUGCAAGCACAGCGGGCACGCAGGUUUCGGCCGCCGGGCGUUUCUGCUUCUCCAGCUUUAGGGGCAGCCCCUUCCUCUGUUUUGCUUUUGCCCAGGGAGGGCGGGUGGGAGGCUUCGAUGGGAACUGGGGCCAGCCCCUUGUGGCGGUGUGUUUUGGGACAGGAAGGCUGGGUGUCUGUGGGCUCGGAUGGAUGUUCCCUCCGUCCGGUGGCCGACCACUGGGGGUUCUCCUUUGGAGGGGAAGAGGGAGGUGGUGGGUUUUUCGAGGAGCUGAUACGUUAAGGGGUGCUGGGCGUUGGGAGAAGACGUUGGGUGUAGCCCCCGCUGCCAUUUCCUAUCCUUAAUGCCUCUUCUAAAAUUCCCUCUUCUGAUCAGAGCAAUUCCUAAAACAAGAGUGUCCAAUCUUGGCAAUUUGAAGACCUGUGGACUUCAACUCCCAGAAUUCCCCAGCCAGCAAAAGCUGGCUGGGGAAUUCUGGGAGUUGAAGUCCACAAGUCUUCAAACUUUGCCUAAGUUGGGCAUCCUAAAAGGAUGGCUGGGAGCUACUGAUGGUUUCUCCACCAGAGACGCCCUCCUGCUUUCCAUGCUGGGCAUCUAGAAUCCCCAUCCUUUGCAGCCAUCCCCAGUGGAGCCCACCCAUGCCCACUACCACUUUCUCCCGUGAAAAGGAAACCUGGCGCCCAUCCAAUGGGCACAAGACUCCCCAAGGCCCAGACCUGGAGGGGGGAGGAAGCAAGGGGCCGCUGCCUUCCAUACUCUUCGAGCAAAGCUUAACUCCUAUGAUCUCCCACCCAAACGGUCCCUCUCCGGAAAGCUGCUCAGUGGAAAUGAAGAAGGCGUCCCCCUUGAGGUAGCUUUGGCAGAAGGAGAAGCCCUGCAGGCUGAACGCCCCACCAGGCAAGGAAGUCCAGAGGUCCUUUAUGACAAGCAGGAAAGCUCCCUCAACCCACAGAGCUUGGGGCGACCCUUAAAUUCCACCUCCGGCCAGGUUGUGAAGACACCUAAGAGAUUUUUCCUUCUGCUUGUCAACAGAAAAAUCGGCCUCCUCUUUGGGAUAAUCCAGGGCUCUCCAAACUUGGCCACUUGAAGGCUUGUGGACUUUGACUCCCAGAAUUCCCCAGCCUGCAUAUGCUGGCUGGGGAAUUCUGGGAGUUGAAGUCCACAAUUCUUAAACGUUUGCCCCUGAUAAUCUAAAUGGCCAUCCACUCCAAGCUAAGGACCUCUUCGUCGGAGAUAACCUCCUUGUCAGGAUGGCGGGCGAGACCUCCUCCUCCUCCUUUGCUUAAUAACAUGGCUCCUCUCCCCCACCUCCCAAGUCAGGGGGGGCUAUGACCCUUUUAUAACCUAUGGUUCAACUCCCAGAAUUCCUGAGGCUCAGGAAUUCUGGGAGUUGAAGUCCACAAGCCGUAACAGGGCUGUAGUGCCCAUCUCUGCCCUAAAACUUGGCUGAAGCCAGCCUUCCUCCAUCUGCUCCCUUCCCAACAGCUCAUCCUUCCCUACCACUGUGGCCCCUGGCAUGAUGGGGCUUGUAGUUCAGGUCCUGCAGAAAAUCCUGGCAGGGCUUCUUUCCUGCAGCGCCUGUGCCAUCGGGUUUAGCUUGGUGCUGCUCUGAAGGGACCCAGCCUGCCCCUCCCCUCCCUCCCUCCCUCUCUUCCUUCCAUCCAUCUUCUCCUUUUCCUUCCUUCCUGGACACGGCUGCUUGCAAGCAGAGUUGGGCCAACAUCAGGAUCCCCUUCCCAGGCAAAGUUGACAUAGGAAGCGACGGGUGUUGCAAACAGGAGCAAAAAAAAAAAAAAAAAAGGCUCCAGAUUCCCCCUUCCCCCUGGGGUUGUUUUUUGGGGGGGGAGAUCAGGAAUGGCUGGGGAUUCUGGCUUUUAAGCUUUGGGUGGGGCAGAGGCGCUUAUAUAUUUUCCUGCCUUGGCUGGUUUGAUGAGAAGCGAGGGGCAGGAUGGUGCAAGGCCCCCCACUUCCCUCCGAUUUCCUCCCAAGGAAGCCUUUGCAACGAUGCGCUGCCCAUUUUUACAGGAAUGCAUUCUUCAAUAAACCGAUUUUGAGCUGGG